AUGUCGCCAUGGUCGCUGGGGAAGGCAAAGGCGCUUGUCCCAACCAAGGUCCACCUAGCUCCAUCCAAUCAGAUCGAUCUCCCCGUUCGUUGCUCACCACCUACCAACCAAAGCCACUCGCAGGAACCACUUCUCUAUCACCUCCCAUCAUCCUCACUACACACCGAGCAUCAUCAACGACGUCGAGACCGCCGUUGUUUGAACCGCCCAUAUCCCAUCUAUCUAAUCACCAAACAACCUCAACCUCUACCCGCGAUGAGGUUCGCCACAGCUGUCAUCGCCUUCCUCUCCGCCGGUCUCGCGCCGGCCGGUGCCAGCGUCCUGGUUCAGAGAGACCAGUCCAUCAUCGUUAACGAUGACCUCAAGGUCCCUGGCGACUCGCCUUUGGAGCUCUGCCCCAAGUCCCACGAUGAGGACAUUGUCACAAUCGACAGCGUAGACCUCUCUCCCAACCCUCCUCAGGCUGGCAAGGAGCUCGUCAUCAAGGCUUCCGGCACCGUCAAGCAGAACAUCGAGAAGGGCGCCUACGUUCUUCUCCAGGUCAAGUACGGCCUCAUCCGCCUUAUCAGCACCAAGGCGGACCUGUGCGAGCAGAUCGAGAACGUCGACCUCGAGUGCCCCAUCGAGAAGGGUGUUCUCACCGUCACCAAGUCCGUCGAGCUUCCUAACGAGAUCCCCUCCGGCAAGUACACCGUCUUUGCUGACGUUUACACCGCCGAUGACGUCCCCAUCACUUGCUUGACCGCUCAAGUCGUUUUCUCGCGCAACACCAAGAGCUUCUUCAGCUUGGAGCUUUAA